UUCUCAGCAGCCGCGGGGAUGGAGAAGGGGAAGAAAAAGCGCAAAAGCAGAAAGCUCUGAUUCUCGGGAGCCUCCCACCCCGCCUCCCGCGGCGUGGAGGGCGCGGAGACUCCGCUGGGGGCGGAGGAGGAGGCUGGGAGGCGGGGAGGUGGGAGGCAAACCCUGCCCACUCGGCUCCGAGCCCGGAACGGCCACGAAGUCCGAGGCCGAUGCGCAGGGCGAGGAGGGCACUGGGGGCGGGGGGGUUCUGCUCCCAGCCUGAACCCUCUCGCCCUCUGCCAGGAAAGUGAAGACUCCUCGGACUUACGAGAAAGCGGACUGACCGACCGACCGGGACUGCCAGUCGCUCCAGGUCAAGGACUUGCCCCACCCGACCCCCCCAAAAGGCGCUCCCAACUCACUGGUGAGCGCGGCGGCCCGGACGCUGGAUGUGGGGGCGGCCGCCAUGGCCCCGCAAGUGGGACAGCCGGGGCUCCGGGGGCCGCUGCUACCGGGGCUGCUGUUCGUGGCGGCUGCGCUGAGCCGACCGGCCGCGCCCUGUCCUUUCCAGUGCUACUGCUUCGGCGGCCCCACACUGCUGUUGCGCUGCGCGUCGGGCGCCGAGCUCCGGCAGCCGCCGCGGGACGUGCCGCCCGACGCGCGCAACCUCACCAUCGUGGGCGCCAACUUGACCGUGCUGCGCGCUGCCGCCUUCGCGGGCGUGGACGCGGACGGGGAGGAGGAGGAGGAGGAGGAGGUGGGCGUGCGCCUACCGCUCCUGACCGCGCUGCGCCUCACGCACAACAACAUCGAGGUGGUGGAGGAUGGCGCCUUCGACGGGCUGCCCAGCCUGGCGGCGCUAGACUUAAGUCAUAACCCGCUGCGCGCCCUGGGCGGCGCCGCCUUCCGCGGGCUGCCCGCGCUGCGCUCGCUGCAACUCAACCACGCGCUGGCACGGGGCGGCCUCGCGCUGCUGCACAAGUUGGACGCCGCUCUAGCCCCGCUGGCUGACCUGCGCCUCCUGGGCCUGGUGGGCAACGCGCUGAGCAGCCUGCCGCCCACCGCGCUGCGCCUGCCGCGCCUGGAGCAGCUGGACGCGCGUCUCAACGCGCUGGCGGGCCUGAGCACCGACGAGCUGCGAGCGCUGGAGCGCGAUGGCGGCCACCCGGGGCCGCGUCUCUUGCUCGCCGACAACCCCCUGCGCUGCGGCUGCGGUGCGCGCCCCCUGCUGGCCUGGCUGCGCAACGCCACGGAGCGCGUACCCGACGCGCGGCGCCUGCGCUGCGCGGCCCCGCGGGCUCUGCACGACCACCCUUUCCUGGACCUGGAUGAGGUGCGGCUGCACUGCGCGGACGGCGACGCCGAUGGUCGCGAGGAAGAAGUGGGGCUCGCAGGCCCGGAGCUGGAAGCCUCCUACGUCUUCUUCGGGCUAGUGCUGGCGCUUAUCGGCCUCAUCUUCCUAAUGGUGCUCUACCUAAACCGCCGCGGCAUCCAGCGCUGGAUGCGCAACUUGCGCGAGGCCUGCCGGGACCAGAUGGAGGGCUACCACUACCGCUACGAGCAGGACGCCGACCCGCGCCGCGCGCCUGCCCCAGCUGCACCUGCUGGCUCCCGCGCCACUUCCCCGGGCUCGGGCCUCUGAUCUUCCCCUGUCGGGGGUUGGGGGCUGCCCCCCGCCAGCUGAUGACCUUAUUGGGGCUGCCUGGCCCAAGACACCCGCCCGCUGUCUUAGGGGCUCUGAGACCUGCCCCUGACCGGCUGAGAUCUUUGGAUUAUGGCGAUUCCCAGCCCCACCCAGAAGCUCCAAGCUUUUCCCCACCCCCGCCCUCUUCCAGCCUCUGGGAGCUCCCACAACCAAAGACCCUGAGACACCUUUGAUUCCAGAAACUCCACCCGCCCGUCCCAGACUCAAACACAUCCCUCCUGGACCACCAAAAGCUCCCUCCCCUUUUCAAGACUUACAUAGACCCUGUCCUUCAACCUGGAAGCCCUGCGACCAUUUCCACCAACCUGUUCCAAGCCCAACCUUCCCAAAAUCCCAGGCUUCCCUAGCACUGAUCCCUCUCUCCAGCUUGGAGCCCUCAGCUCCCCUCCCAGGGUUCAGGGAUCCUCACUUCCCAUUCUGGUCUCUGUAGCAGAGCACCUCCAUCAGCAGGUUUUUGUGGACUCUGAGCCUUGUGCCACAUCCCAGAGCUCCACCCUGCAUAGAGACCCACAUUAUGGGGUUCUGAAGGUCAGGGCACCCUCCCCAAUCUGAGGAUGUAUUCAUACCCCUGCCCCUCUCACCACCUGCCUCCCCAGCUCUGGCCAGGACCCUCCCUUCCUUAACCCAGUCUUGAGAUUCAACUCCCAGGCUCUCUCCCAUCCCAGGGACAAGUGCACCCUGGUGUAGCCUUAGGGUGGAGCUGAUCUCAGCCUUUCCGCACUGGGGUUCUGAUACCCAAUACUUAGUGCUUGUACCCAAUUUCAAACUCUCAGCUCUUCACCCCAAUUUGAGUUUCAUUACCCUGUUCAAGUUUUGGGCUCUCAACCCCUACCCCCAUCACCUGUAUUCAGUACCCACCCCUGUCACUCACUGGAUCAAGGUCCAGUAAGGAAUCUCAUCCUGGGAUGUGCUCAGCCCCCUUUCCUCCCAGGACGAGCUCUCCAGCCUUGCAAGACAGGUACCACACACCCCUGCCCCUUAUUAGCUAAUCCUCAAGGGGAAGGAGAGAGCCCUGGGGAGGUGAUAUGGAUGGUCAGGCCUCAGAUCCACGGUCACCAUCCAUCAUGGCCUCAGAGACCCUGAGAAGGACUCUGAAAGACUAGGAGCUGCUGCCCACCAGUUUCUCUGCCCUCUUUCCCACCCACUGUGGCACUUCUCCAGUGGGGAUUCCUUGCCCCUCCCAUAUGCCUUCUGGAAAAGGAAGGGGCUCUUGCUUCCUGUCUCAGGCACAAACCCUCCUGUUUAGGGUCAGAGCCUCAGCGCCCUGCCUUCUGCAUGAUCCCAAAGCACAAUUGGUGAGUUGGGAGGGGGCCACCUCUCCCUAACUCUCCACCCCCUAAGUCAGGCAGAAUGGCUGGCCUGUGCUGCCGCUGCACACAGGAAGUUGACCUCCUUCAACAUAUUGGCUCGAGGCCUGCCUUCUCAACCCCUCACCCCACCCGCCAAAUCUGGAUCUCCCUUGGGCAGUUUUCUAUAAAGUCUGCAGUAAUCUCUGGAACUCUG